GUCGCUUGACUUGGGAAAUUCUGGGGUUCAUCCAGUGCUCAACUCUCUCCCCAGCUCAACUAAUUGCCCACGGGGCACUGAACUUGUUUAGAUAAUGAUUGUAUCGGCCUGUGCACCUUUCACAUCUUGAAUUUUAUAAUAUUGAUCCGCCUGGACACCUUUCUGUCGUCCGAUUUACCCCGCAGAGCGUGGACUGGCCACCGACUGCCACCAAACGGGUUUGGUCAUACACCACACGAAACACACCCAAAGGGUCCUCCAGAUGCCGGAAUUGAAUCUACAAGAUGUCGAAAGCGAGAAACGGGCCACGGACUGGCGGGAAACCGCGCAGAGAUGUGCUGGCUUCGCUGAAGAUGGCGUCCAUGGAGGAGGUCUCCAGGGCGUCUCUUCCAGCAGAGAUUAUAUCCUUGGUCCUUGAAUACCUCUCCCCCGCCGACCUUAUCCGAGUAGCGCGCUCGUCGAAACUCUUGCACGAGAUGGCAUACGAUGACACCCGAUGGGUUCAGAGGUUGAAGCUUAUGGGCUGCUGGGAUGAAGUACAGGCGAGGAAACACGUGGAGGAUUCUUUUGGGACGAUUGCCAAUGUGGAGAAGGUGGAGGAACAGGAGCUGGUGGAAGAAUCGAAACGGCUGUCUGGUCCGGGGGCUGGCACUGCGCAGACACCCGCCAUUGCCCUGAAUUCGCUUUCAGACGGGUUCGAUCAGAUCAAUCUGAGCACUGUUCCGGCUGACGAUCAAGCGAAUGAUUCGGAACAUGAUCCCGUCCUGGGAGUGAUGCGGCAGGUCAAAUCCAUUCGCGGAGAAGCGCGUCAGCAAUACGGGAAAGUGCACGCCGCGCUUGGCCCGUUCUACGAUGAUAUCGCGAAUCUGGGCGCGUCUCCCGAUAAUCUGGUCUACAAGAGCUACACCGACCCGUACCAGCAAGCCUUGAUUUUUUCCCAGUUGCAAGCGUUCUCCAAGAGCGACUUGACGGAUGGCUGGCACGAAAGAGUGUACCGACUCCAGUCGGCUGUGUCGAUGUUCGAAACAACGGCAGUCAAGGAGUUCCGACAUGGGUAUGAGACAGACGACAUCGAGGACCGCAUGCGAAAAUAUGCGCAUGUGCUCUACGUCCUGAACGGCGGAGCGGCGGCCGUUGAGUUAUUUAUCCACCACAACCAUAUCAUCACGCGGAAGUCGGACUUCGGCAGAGUGGCUGACUGCAUCGACGAAACGACACAGGAGGUGAAGCUGGAGCAUACCCAGGCAUUCUUCACGCGAUUCAGUGUCGCCUACAACGAAGAGGUCUCGAUCAUCAAUCGCGCAUUUCCUCGUUCGCUAAGAGUAGCCACUCCAUUCAUCGACAAAGUGGGACAAGGCGUCUUGUUCCCGUUUCUGACGGCCGUCUUUGACGAGCUCCAUCGCUCAAACACAGAAGCGUACUUGAUCGCAAUGUCUGGAACUUUCGCGCAGUGUCUGAACUUGGCCGACACUCUGUUGCCGGUUCAAGGUUCCGAAGAUAGCCUGGACGAGUUCGUAGACCAAGUGAUUACCAAGGUUUACGAGCCGCACCUGGACACGUAUUUGGCAGAAGAACUGGACUAUUUCCAGAAACUCUCGGAGUCGGCGGUGGGAGACUGGGACAGACAGUUGUCGGAGCAAGCCGCUUCGACCGAGUCGUUCCUGCUAUCCAACAUCAACCGACAGGCUGAAAAGCGAGACUUUUUGACAUCAUUCAAAAAGGUGAUCAUGGCGCCAGUCAACAUCCUUCCUAGCUUCUCCAGCACCAAGUCAUCGGAAACCAAGACCGACCAGGGUCUUACUGCGGAUGAUGGCGCUAGUGGAUCAAAGGGUACCAAUCGGUUCUCUACCAUGUCGUCGCCCGCCACCCCUGUAGCAGUCGAGGCUCCCACAUCGGAGCUGGCCGCCAAGGCUGCCAUCAUGAAAUCGAAACUGGAGGGCAUCAGCUCGCUCUUCAGCAUCGAGGUAUCCCUGGGCCUAGUCCACUCGGCCAAAUCGAGCCUGGAGCGAGCGGCGCAGUUCGUCCGGGUCGGGGGUGAACUAGGCGGCGUCGUCAAACAACAAUGCGAGGCAAUCUUUGUUGCGCUGGUUCGCAUCCUGGGACACCGCCAUUUGAUCGCCGGUUUCAACAAGGCCGUCAAUCAUCUGUCCAACUACCGGCCUCGUGAGCAAGGGGACCGUGACCAAUCCGGCGUGGAACCCCUGGUGACUUUCUUGGAACUGGUCAACGUCGGAGACCUCAUCCUGCAGAUGAUCGACGUCUUCUACGAGCAAGAGCUGAUCGGGUCCAAGCUGACCGAUCGGAACGACUUCCUCGAUCCCGCCGUCAAGGAGAAGAAGAAGUUCGAGCAGCACCUUGAUGAGCGGGUGGCUGCGGGGCUGAGCAAGGGCAUUGACGUGUUGAUGGAGGAGGUCGAUUACAUCCUUGCUACGCGGCAGCUGGCUACGGAUUUCAACCCCAGUGUAUCCACCGAUCCCUACCGGAAGACCAUGGACGUCAGCGUGACCGACGCGGCCAGCGCCGUGGUCGAUGUGGUUUCCUCGCACACGCAGAUGCUGGUAGGUAGUACAGACAAGAGCACGCUGGACGUCUUCAACCAGGAGGUGGGAUUGCGGCUGUUUACCGCAUUGUGUAAGCAUCUGAAGCGCCAACGCAUCAGCGUUGAGGGAUCGUUGAAGUUGAUCAGCGACAUGAACCAUUACUUCAAAUUCGUCCAGACACUCAAAAACAACGAACUCCUCCUCUACUUCAAAGCCUUCCGCGAACUGUCCCAAAUCUACCUGAUUGACCCGUCUGAUUCCAAAGAGCUCGCAGCGGUGAUUGCCGACGGCGACCGAUUCUACGGGAUCUGGCGGGUAGAAGAAGUCUACGAGUUCGCCGAGCGCCGGGCCGACUGGUACCAGGUUAAGAAGGAAGUCGAGCGCGCCAUGUAUGGCAUUGGAUGUACCGUGAUGUGAGGAUAUUUCCUGGUGUGUAUAUAUAUUUCGUAUUUUCUUUCCUUCCGCCUUCUGUCCAUAGAAAUAGAAUACCCCUGUGUUGCAUUCCAG